CUGGUGAAGCUGCUGUGACAGAGGGAACUCAGAUCCCGACACGUCACCUUGCAAGUGCACUCGCAUCCCGCUGGUUCCUCCGUCUGCGAGCUGAGCUUGCAGACGAAAGAUCCUCCCCCGCAAGGCACAAGGUUCGCCAGGCAGGAUGUUCGACGAUUUCGAUGGCAUCGUCCCCCCUCCCGACCCCACACUCAAAACCCACGAGAAGGACGGAAUCGAUGUCAAUGCACCGCCUCCUCUCGCCCUCACCUUCUCCACCGGCACACUCAUGGUCGUGGCCGCCCUCAUCAGCAUAUUCCUGGCGUGGUGGUUCCACCGAUAGAUAGCCAUAGAUAUCAAUGCAUCUCGAGAGGCACCAGGCAAUGGUGGGUGAGGGCGGCGGUGCUUUGGUGGAGCCGCAGAUGGUGUGCCGCAUCUACAUGGAGCAGAGGAGGAUGCUGCUCAGGGCCGUGCACACCACAGGGGAGGAGAGAGGAACCUCACAAGCACAGGUCAGCUUCGGACACACUCAGCAGACAGUCAGGGACUGACUGCCUGACCCUUUCAACCCAUGUGUGUGUGUGUGUGUGUGUGUCGAUUUCAGGCCGCUCCUGUGUCGGUGUCCAACCGGGUUGACCCUCAGAGUGCCUAUAGCAUCCUUAGGCAACAGCUCAUCCAAGGUAGGUCCGUUCACUCGGCUCUCGAACGUACAAGCUCACACCGGCCACUGUGCCACUGCGAUCUCUCCCGAAUGUGGCGGCCACUGUGCCACUGUGAUCAGCCUCCCAUCGAUGGCGGCCUCAUGACGAGUGUCUGCAGCGUCCAGCGAAGGGCGGCAGAGAUCGGGAUAUAAGUGCCGAUACCGAGUGGGUGGAUGUGGCGCCGUCCGAGGUCGAGGGCGAACCUGUAGCCGCACCAUCGUCUGGUGUGGUUGGAGACCCCACAUCCACCUCGACAUCUAGCGACUCGGUGGAGGGGCAGACGGUGAGUGACAUAGAGCAGAGAGCAGAGAGCAGAUGGCAGAUGACACCAGAGAAAUCAAGGGCCAAACACCUUGGGGUGUAUGUGUGUGUGUGUGUGUGUCUCAGAGUGCAUCUUCGUCUUCGUUUUACCUGGUUGGCGGCAUCCACCACAUCUUCCACGAGCACAGUGACGCCAUCACGGCAGUCGCAUUCGCGAGGGAAAACCCAGACCUACUCGCAGCUGCUUCCAAGGUAGGAUAAUGGUCUGUCUAUGCCUGUGUUGGUUGGAUGCAGCCAGCAUGACUUUGGCCCUCAUCUGUGUCCGUGUCCGUGUCGUGUGUCUUAGGAUGGGUGUGUGAGUCUGUGCACCGUCUUACGCGACCCCCGUAUGCUGCACCGACUGGAGGGACACGACAGCGGUCAGUAAGAUGGGAUGGAUGCGAUGCGCCUUGGUUGGUUGCGUACGUGUGGCUGUCAUGUCAUGUCAUGGGUGUCUGAUCUGAAUGUGCAAUGUGCAGGCGUCUAUGACGUCGAGUUCAGUGCCCAGAAUGAGUAUCUAGCCACGGCUUCCGACGACCACACCGUCCGGGUGUGGAAGGUGUCGUCAGGACACUGCCUCCGGAUCCUCCAGGGCGACGCGGUGCGGUGGGCAGGAAGGAAUGCUCUAACUAAGGCACAGCACACACCACACGCAUUGCAUUCUUUCUGUCGAUCUGUCUGUCGCGUUGUCAUCCCAUCCACCAGCCGUUUUGGGUUUUGCGGUUCCAUCCAGUCAACUCGAACAUACUCGCUGUAGGCACAGGCAGACAACGGACACAGACACACACAGACACAAGGUGUUUCUGUGCAUAUUGCUUGCAGUGCGGUGACGAGCGGGGCCUCGUUCGGCUCGUGAACGUCAGCACUGGACUCGCCAUCUGCAGAUACGCGGUGUGCACCCCGCCCCCCCCUUCCCCUCUUCCCCCCCCCCACACACACACAUGUAGAGAGAUUAAUAGACGCGAGCAGACAGCAUCCGUCCGUGUGUCAUGUUCUGUUGCUGGUGCAGACAUCCUGUGCUGUGACGGCCAUGACGUUCGACCACACGGGGAGCUGUCUGUUCGUCGGCAACUCCAAGGGCCGCAUACACGUGGUGCUGCUGCACACCGUGUCUGACGCCAGAAUUCUGCAAAACGUCAGCCUCACUAAGGUUGCCAACGUCACCAUCACCCCAGCACCGCCACCAUCACCAUCGUCGUCAGGAAGAGGGCAGCGGUGCUGCGAGUCCGCUGCCGCCGUCCCGAUGUCAUUCACCUAUACGCCGUGGCUGCCGUCACGUAGGCCAGCAAGACAGGCACACGUGUGCCACCCCUGUAAUUAAUGAUGGUCCAUCGGGUGUCCUGCCUGCCUGUGGGUGUGGUGUAUGUCUGUGCACUGCAGUGAGCAGCCCUGCCGUCCUCGCCCCCUGCCGCGACCAACAGGUCCGCGUCUUCUCUGUGACGUCAGCCAAACCCCUUGAAGCACAGACCUCCUCCCUCGAUGUGCGUAGCAUGAGCAGCGCCAGCCCAUCAUCGGGAUCGUCCCGUGAUGUCCGUCAGGCCGCCCCCUACUCGGGCGUGGUUGGCCGCGUGCGGCUGGCCCUCGACACUCCCGAGGACGGCAGGGCCAGGUGGGACUUUUGUGCCAGGGCGCCUUGCUGCGGUGAGCGAUACAUGACGGGAGGGAGGGAGGGAGGGAGGGCGGUGGAUGGCCACGUGUGUGUGUGUGUUGUGCAGUCGGUGGUGGUGCGGACGGGACAGUGUAUAUCGUGGACUUGCUGAGGCACCGCACCGUCACUAGUGUAAGUGGGUGACAUGAGGGAGGGAAGGGGCUGGCUGGGCGACUGGAAGGUGGGAUGGAUGGCCAUUGUUCAUCGGUGUGUGUGCGUGGACUGGACAGCUGUCUGCCCACAGCACCUCCGUCUCGUGUGCUGCGUGGUCAUUCGGCGAGAACAUCCUCGCCACGGGAGAUGCUUCCGGGGUAAGUAACCUAUGUGUGUGCGCAUCUUUCUAUCCAUUCUGUCUGUCUGCUCGGGUGUGUGUGUGUGUUCAUUCAGUGUGUGAUCCUGUGGUCUCGCUCGGCCCAGUACUCCCGCCACCUGCGUGACCCCUGCAGCUUCACCCACCCCCUGACCAUGACAGAUGAGGACAUCCACACCAUCACGGAGGAAUCGGUGGCCGAGUGAUGGAUGGAUUGAUUAUCGGGGAUAGGGCGGGCGGGCGGCGAUUUGGUAGUUGGGAAUCUAAGCUUUUUUUUGUUGUGACAUUGGCAUAUUGGCA